AUGGCGCUGCCGACCUUUCUCCACCUGGCUCAGCAGCUUCUUUCUCCCAGCUCCAUUGCGACCUCGCCCCAAACCGGCCGCUGCAGCUGCCAGAACCGCAUUUCGGUCUGGUCACUUCCACUACUACUAACACAGCCGCAGUGCUUGAGACCACGCCAGGCGCUGAUGCCUCCUCCAUCGCGCCAGCAACGCUGCUACCGCCGCGUCCUGCAGCUCCUCAUUCACCGACUCGUCACACAGCCCCUCAGCCCCUGCUGGCCCCCCGCUUCAUAUGAGCCCACGCCGCCCAAGGCUAGCUGCGUGGCGGACACCGGCGACACUGCAGCGACCGCCACCGCCAUUGCCACCGCGCGGGCAGCAGCCCGGCUAGAGGUGCUCAAUGCAAAACUGGCAGGUCACCCCAUGCCCAGCCUGGACCACUACAACUGCGCCAUGGAGUUGACAAGGCAGAUUGAGAGACACGUGGUGUACCCGGCGCCGUUUAUCCGGGGUCGCAGCACCUACAAGAUCCCCAGCGGCGAGCCGGAGGAGGCACCGGGCGGCUGGCGGGGAAAGGUGGCACUGGCGCUGCAGACGCCGGCCCGCGGGGCUGCACAGGGCGACGGCGGCGGUGGUGGCGGCGGCGGUGGCACUCACAGCUCAGUUGAUAACGGCGGCGGUGGCGGUGAGGCCUCUGCGCAGUCCCUGCAUCUGCACGUCGUCGCCCACACACCACCUGGCACGACGACCGCCUGCGUGUCCGGCAGUGCUGGUACUGGUGCUGGUAGUGCCGAUGGCGCGGCACUGCCGGGCGGCGUCGCAGCUAGGAGCCCAGGGGUAGUUUCCGCUGCACCGCCGCCGCGGAUAUUGGCACGGUACGGCUGCUUGGACGCGGCGCCACAGCCGUGCCGCAUCAUGUGGGAUUCUCCGUCAACGGAGGUGCGGGUGGACGGAGCUUACCAGCCACGGAGCAACGGCGGCGGGAGCGCCGAUGUGGCCGCGGCAGACGGUUUCGCCGCUGGUACGGCUGUACUACUUGGGCCGCCCUGGCAUAACAAGCAGCAGCAGCUGGAUACGGCAGAGCUGUUGCGGCCCUCCCUGGAUCGGUGGGAACCCAUAUCGGCCACUGUAGCCGCGGCGCCGUCUGCAGUCGGGGGACCCGAGGCUCCGCCGAUGGCGUAUGCGCGAGAGGGCGCAGCGGCGGCGGCGGCGGCAGCAGCUGGGGACAGAGGCAACCGCGGCGGUUUACGUGCCGGUGCCAGCGGCGCAGCGGUGCCGGCGUGCGUUAUCGCGGGGCCUUGUCCUAGCCCGGGUCUGAUGCUGCUGGAAAUGGAACUGGACGUACACACACUGUCUGCGGUGGCGCCCCCACCGCUGCUGUCAGCACCUCUGCCUGUGGUGGUUGUGGAUGCCCCUGCCGUACAGCGUGAGGUCAACGCCGUCGCGGUCGCUGCGCUUGCUGCGGCCAUGGCCGCGGACGGUGCUUACCAGGCAGGGGAGCAGCAGCUGCUGCAGUACCCGCCCUGGCUCCUGUCCUUCUUGUACGACUUGGGUCAGUUUCUGGAGCUGGCGGCCAGGGGGGAGGCACAAGCCUGGGUCGCGCGCACACACAGUACGCCCACCCAGCCGCUGACGGCGGCCGAGGGCAUACCCUGGGAUUUGCGGCCGGAGCUGCCAUCGGCCGCCAGCGGGCCUUGUGGUUGGUCGGGGGAGGGGAGCAGCCGCACUGGGGGCGCGGAGGAUGCGGAUGGGGCCGUGGGCCCGGAUGAUCUGGUUUCGGAGUCGAGCAGCAGCUGGUCCGUGGCGGAUGUGCAGGGCGACGAGCGUCUGGAAGCUGGGCAAGAGCUCGACGUAGAUGGCAGUGGUGACGACGACGCGGCCGCUAACGGAGUCCAGCAGGGGAUUGCAGUGGGACAGCAAAGCGGGAGAAAGGGUGAGGCGGAGGCGCAGCUAAUGUGCCUGGCGGCCAGCCUGGCGGCGUACGCCUGUAAGCAGGGCCUGCCGGCGCUGCUGUCGUACGUGCUGUCGCGCGCUGCCGGCGCGGGACUUGGGCUGAUAGAGGUGGAUGAGGAGGUGGGAGCUCUGAUGGCGGCGUUGGCGGGGGAGAGCGGCGGCGGCCGUGGCGGCAGGGAGGGCCUGGGUCUGGCGCAUUUGGCUGUGUCCUCGGGCAGUGCUGAGGUUGUGGAAUCGCUGCUACUGCGGGCUAGGGAAGAGGUAACGCCGCUGCCGCCGCCGGGCGCUGUCGCCGCCGUUGCGACUCCUGUCGUGCAAGUGGAUCCUACUUCGUCCGCAGCCGCGCUGGCUGCUGCUGCUGCUGCUCCUGCUGGCCCGGGUGGUAGCGGCGGUGUAGGCGGUGGCUUGGAGGGAGAUCCUGGGCUGGGGACCAUGAGCGCCUGUACGGUGCUGUUUGUACGACCCGGCCCUGGCGGCGUGACGGCGCUGCAUCUGGCGGCGCUGAUGUACGGCAAGUCGCCCGACCAGGUGCAGUCGCUGAUGAGCCUGUGUCCGCUGGUGGCGCAUGCCUGGUUCACGGUGUGCGACGGCGGCGGCAACAGCGCCGCGCAGUACGCCCUGCGUGCUGGUGCGGCGGAGCUUAAUUCACAGCUGCCUCGCUGUUACCCCGCCGCUGUGUUUGGCGUUCUCCAGCCCGUCCUUCCCCUCUUCUUCACGCUCAUCACUUUCGAAUGCGAUUUUAAGGAGCUCCUGGCAAUGGAGGUGCUGGAGGCUCAGGCGCUAGGCUGGCCGAAGCCGGAGGUGGCGCUGGCGGCGGCCGUGGCGACGGCUCAGCAACUGGUGACACAUCCAGCGGUUCCUUGCGAUGACUGCGACCAGGUGCUGGUGCCGCCGCCGGCAACAGCAGCUGAAACUUCGCCAUCUGACUUGAACGGUGGCGUCGCGGGAGGCGCUCGCAGCGGAACGCAGCCGCCGCGACCAUGCGGUACAUUCCCAGGUGACAGCAGCGGCCACAGCGGGCUAUUGUACAGCGCAUCAGGCGUGAUUGAUGAUGACCCUGGUGAUGAUGACCCUGGUGGUGCGGUAGGGCUGGCGGCAAGGGAUGUACGGACUGGCGCUGUUCCACCCGGGGAUAGAACUGGCACCUGCGGCAGCUCGCAGCACUCGCCACUGCAGCCGCCGGUAGCUCCAUGUCGCCCUCAGCUCCAUGAAGUGCGAGCCCCCCUACCAGUCCUCCACCCACCUAGCUCCCCAGGCUCCGGCGGCUCUGGUGACGAUAGCAGCAGCAGCAGCGGUGUUACAGUCGCGACUAGCGCCAGCACCAGGCCACUAGGCCGCUGCCGCCGCCUCACACGCGCCAUCCACCGCCGCAGCGCCGCCCUCCGGCACCUGCCGUGGGCAGCUCCACUUUACGGGUUCACGGACCCCUCCCUGGAGCUAGACUUUACAGCCCGCACCGCCGCCCUGGCACUGCAGCGCAGCCAUUUCGGUUUGGCCUUUCACGCAGCGGUGUUGGCCGGGUGUGUGUGCAAGUUCCUGGCGGCCCAGGCCGCUACCGGCGCAUCCUUGACAAUGACCCACGGGUCGCCGUCAUUGCAUCUUCGCGCUGGCGCUACGCUGGCCUUUCUGGGCGAGCUGCUGAGUGCCACGGGCCCCUCGCUCUGCAAGCUGUGCGCCAGUGCGCUGGUGGUCGUGUUGGGGCUAGGCGGCCGCGCCCAUGACGCCACUCUGGUCAUUGGCUCGGUGGUUCAAUGUGUGGGGGUGGCGGCGGUGCACCUGGUGGGCCGACCGCACCCGGAGGCGUUUGAGGUGGCGGACAUGGACCUACAGGAGGCCCUCGUGACGCUGUUCCAGUGCGUCAUCCUGCCGGUUAUGGAGCAGAUGAACAGCUUCACCUUGGGUGUUGUCAACAUGGUCAUAUGCGGCAUUGUUAUGGAGUGGCCCAUGGCGGUUAGUCACGGCUGGCAGGGCGCCGCAGCCGUCAUGCUCAUUGUCAGCCGCUUUGUGGUGGGCAUGGCGGUGCGGUACGGUCUGGCGGUUUGGGCGCGAGCCAGCUACAUGCGGCGCGUAGCCAACUGCAGUCGCCACACGUGUCACUGA